CCCAGGGAAAAGCUUAUUCCUACCCAACCCGCCUGGACGGAGCCUCCUGCUGCGUAGGGCCACUGGGUGGAACUGGCUUUUGCUUGUUAUUGUAUUCAAUAUGAGAUGGUUUUGAAUGACUCGACACUGUAACGACGGCUAUCUCACAGGUCUGUUCUUUGCUCGUUAACUCCGGGAGGAGAGGGUCAUGGCGCAAAUGCGUACUUGGAUAGAGUUGGAUAGGAAGUGAGGCAGUUUUGAAUGACUCGGUUUACUCUGUACUUUCUGCGCAGCGAGACGUGGCGGCAUUCUGAUGUUGCCGUGUAUCCGUAUACGAUUUUGAUAUACGAAUAUAGCUUAAGUAGAAGAAGUAUAGUAUAUAAGGUAACUUAUAGCUAUAGGUCAACCCUCCUAUCACUCGUGUUCUCACUGUCUCUAUCCCACUCUGUCUCUCUAUCACACUUACAGUCGCUCGGUCACUCGUUCACAAACACUCUCUCGCAUUUAACCAAUAGUACACCCAACCUACAUCUACAACCCAGCCCUUUCACCACUUUCAACUACACAACAAACCACACAACAGCUCACAAUGCAACUCCCCGCCAUCUUCCUCUUCGCCGCCGCCGCCGCCGCCCUCGCCCUCCCGGAGCCCAUUCCCAAGCCCAACCCAGAGUCCUGCGACGAGACGUGCCCGAACCCCUGCCGGCAGGCCAUCCGCAACACGUACUGCACGGGAGCGAAAAAGUCCAUCAGCGGCGGACCGUUGCCGGCGGCGUUCAAGAACCAGUGGAACUGUCCCGCGGGCAGCAGCAGUCCGCCCGCGACGUAUAUCCAGAUGACGCAGAAUGGGGCUGCCGAGGGGGGUGUCACUGUUUUUUGCACUAUCUGAGAAAGGGGGGGAGAAAGGGGAGGAAGGAAGAGAAACUUCUUGGUGCUGCGUGUACGCACAUAUACGACAUCGUACCGCACACGUGAUUUUACUCAUUUGCCCUCACCUAGGAGGAUUGAAGGAAGUAGAAGGAGGCCCAAUCCGACGCGGGGAAAAGUUGAUGGGGAGGGAGCCAGAGCGAGGGAUGCCUUUACACAAUUGUUUGUAUAGUUGAUCCA